AGGCUACGGCCAGGCUGCUGGGCACGGGAGGCCCUGCGUGAGAGGCCAGGCGUGUGAGGGAGGCCCGGCCCCUGCAGCCGGCGAGAGCCCCGGGCGCCAUGGACGACGUGGCUGUCGUGAAGGAGGGCUGGCUACACAAACGAGGGGAGUACAUCAAGACCUGGCGGCCGCGCUACUUCCUUCUCAAGAGCGACGGCAGCUUCAUUGGCUACAAGGAGCGGCCGCAGGACGUGGACCAGCGCGAGGCCCCCCUCAACAACUUCUCCGUGGCGCAGUGCCAGCUGAUGAAGACGGAGCGGCCGCGGCCCAACACCUUCAUCAUCCGCUGCCUGCAGUGGACCACAGUCAUCGAGCGCACCUUCCACGUGGAGACGCCCGAGGAACGGGAGGAGUGGACCACUGCCAUUCAGACGGUGGCAGACGGGCUCAAGAAGCAAGAGGAGGAGGGGAUGGACUUCCGGCCAGGCUCGCCCAGUGACAGCUCGGGGGCCGAGGACAUGGAGGUGUCACUGGCCAGGCCCAAGCACCGUGUGACCAUGAGCGAGUUCGAGUACCUGAAGCUGCUGGGCAAGGGCACCUUUGGGAAGGUGAUCCUGGUGAAGGAGAGGGCCACCGGGCGCUACUACGCCAUGAAGAUCCUCAAGAAGGAGGUCAUCGUGGCCAAGGACGAGGUGGCCCACACGCUCACAGAGAACCGAGUCCUGCAGAACUCCAAGCACCCCUUCCUCACGGCCCUGAAAUACUCCUUCCAGACCCACGACCGCCUCUGCUUCGUCAUGGAGUACGCCAACGGGGGCGAGCUGGAGAACCUCAUGCUGGACAAGGACGGCCACGUGAAGAUCACGGACUUCGGGCUGUGCAAGGAGGGCAUAAAGGACGGCGCCACCAUGCGGACCUUCUGCGGGACGCCCGAGUACCUGGCGCCCGAGGUGCUGGAGGACAACGACUACGGCAGGGCCGUGGGCUGGUGGGGGCUGGGCGUGGUCAUGUACGAGAUGCUCUGCGGCCGCCUGCCCUUCUACAACCAGGACCACGAGAAGCUCUUCGAGCUCAUCCUCAUGGAGGACAUCCGCUUCCCGCGCACCCUCGGCCCCGAAGCCAGGGCGCUGCUCGCUGGGCUGCUCAAGAAGGACCCCCGGCAGAGGCUCGGCGGGGGCCCCGAGGACGCCAAGGAGAUCAUGCGGCACCGCUUCUUCGCCAACAUCGUGUGGCAGGACGUGUACGAGAAGAAGCUCAGCCCGCCCUUCAGGCCUCAGGUCACGUCUGAGACGGACACCAGGUACUUCGAUGAGGAGUUCACCGCCCAGAUAAUCACCAUCACGCCACCUGACCAAGAUGACAGCAUGGAGUGUGUGGACAGCGAGCGGAGGCCCCACUUCCCGCAGUUCUCCUACUCCGCCAGCGGCACGGCCUGAUGAGGGCCGGCCUGGCGCCCCGCGGCCAGCCAAAAGGGUUUUGCUGUCUCGCUGCAUCCGGAGGGCCACAGCCCCUCGGUCUCUGCCCACGUGGGGAAGACGUGCGUGGUGGGGGGAAGACAUCGUAGUCUUAAUUUAUUUCAUCCAUCUGUCCUCUGGACGUGGCCUUGGCCCCUGGGCAACGUCACUGGACCUGCAGCCACUGCAUGCGGCUGGGCGGCCAGCACCCCUGCCCCCCGCCUGUCUCUAGGGUCCCGAGCCUCAGCCCAGCAACCUCACUGUGACAGCUGCGCCCUCGGGGCACAGGCAGCCCACACACUUGGGCCAUCCUCUGAAGCCGCCCACCAGUGGGCGCCUGGGCUGGGGACGGGCCAGGCCACGCAGGGGCAGAGGAACAAGCCUGAACCUGCCACCGUGGUCACUGUGGGCCAGCGCUGGGGGUCCAACCUUAUUGACAGGGAAGCCCUGCCACUCCCAGCUCCAGGCCCUCCUGUGACACCUCUGUCCUCCUAGAUGCUUCACUUCCAGCCUUGUGUCCCGGCCCCACCCAGACCCCCUGUGGGAGGGGAGGCCACCCUGGGCGCCUGCCCCUCCUGGCCAGCUGCCACCACUGCUGCUGCCCAUGGCGUUUUUUACAACAUUCAACUUUAGUAUUUUUACUAUUAUAUGAAACUUCCCUCCAAAUUCAAUAAAAACUGCUUUUCAA